UCCAGAAGACGUCACAUGCCCCACCUUUACGGUCUCUGAUUGGGCCGAAGGACCGUCCAUCACCAGCAAGACUCGUCUAUUUGUGACGUAUACAACCUGCGACGGACGAAUACGUUGAUGGAACGCGACAAAACGGAGUCGCUGCGCUUGAGGUUCGGCGCCUGGCGUCCGACGGCCUGAACGGGAAGACGUGCUCACCAAUCUCCGCACCAUGCCUCUCCCCCUGGCGCUCCAAGCCCGCCUGGCCAAGCGAGGCAUCCUCAAGCAUGUGGAACCAGAGCCCGACGAGGAGAUUAUCGCUGAAGACUACGACGAUGAUCACAUCGAUUACGAAGCUACGCGGCUGGAGAAUCUACCCCCCAACUGGUACAAGGUCUUCGAGCCCAGCAGCGGCCUGCCCUACUACUGGAACAUCGAGACCGACCUGGUGUCCUGGUUGUCUCCCACUGACGCGGCUGCUGUCAUCACCAAGUCCGCCAAGAAGCUGAAAGAGCAGGAGGACGCACCGGAGCGGUUUGACCGGAACGAGCGAGAGGAGCCGAGGGAGAAGUGGCACUCCCGGAGGGAGGAAGGACAUCGCCACAGCCGCAGCAAGAAGGGGAGAGAUCGGAAGGAGGACAGUGUGGAUCCUAUGGACCCCAGUGCCUACUCCGACGCUCCUCGGGGUUCCUGGUCGACGGGCCUGCCCAAGAGGAACGAAGCCAAGACGGGAGCAGACACCACAGCGGCCGGCCCCCUCUUCCAGCAGCGGCCCUACCCCAGUCCUGGGGCUGUGCUCAGGGCCAACGCUGAGGCCUCUCGGGGCAAGUGAGGGGUGUCCCCAUGCUCGGGUUCAUUGGGGGUGGUGGCUGACGGGGAAGGAGAGGGUUAUGUACUGGGCUGGGUUUAUUCUUGGGAGUGGAGCCUCUGUCUCUCCUUUCUCUCCCUCUACCCUGUCUCUGUCUCCAUGUCCCACCACUCUUCCUAUAUUGCUCACUCUCCUCCUCCUCUGCCCAUUCCCUCUCUCCAUUUCAUUUUCUGUUUAUCUCCCUCUCUCCCACACCUCCCCUACCAAUAACCACUCAGAGGCUGCUGCUCAGGGAGUGGUGGGGGGAGAAUGGGCUAUCUAUAAGAUAGAGCUGUUUCUCUGCUGCCAGAGCUGCUGGGAUAGCUUUGGCUCCAUUAUUCCGUUACUCAGUGAGCAUUUGGAUGCUGUUGCUCGCAGUUUUGUGGUUGUGGGGAAAGACACAUUAAAAAUGAUUUUGAUGCCA